GAAAAUUCAAUAUAUAAUAAUAAAAAUAAUAAAUAAAAAUAAUUUUAAUAAAAAUAAUAAUUAUAUAAUAAUGCUCAAAUAUAAUUAUUUAUAACAACAAUAAUAAUCAUUGGUCGAGCAACCUCGAAACUCGAAAUCCAACUCGUAACUGGUCAUCCUAAGGGGGUUCUCGUGCCUAACUUUAAAUUGAAUAUGGUCAAACUUAGUCAAACACGUUCGAAUCUGUAAGUUUUAACUACUUAUUAAAGUAAAUCGAGUUAACUAAACUGUUCCUCUCUAUCUUUUCAACAAAUGCUUCUUAUCUCUAAUUUUCAAUGCAAAUUCGAGUCAACUAAGAGAUAUCGAUUUGACGAGGCGAACAUUGACAAACUUGCUCUCUUAGUCAAACGGUCAACCCCAAACAACUUCUACACUAAUAUAGAUAUAAGAAAAAAUUAAUAAUAUUAAUUAUUAUGUAAUUAUAAUCUAAUUAAAAAUUCAUAAUUCCCCUCCUCCUCCUUCCCCCUCCCUUCCUUCCUUUCCUUGCACCCCAAUUUGGGGGGUAAGCCGAAACAGUGAAUUUACGCUCACAUUUUGCACCCCCCCUCUGUUACAAAAUAACCAAACGGGGGUAAACACCUUGGAACUUGUGUUUACCCCUCCAAACUUGCACCCUUUCCAUUUGCACCCCUUCCCAAACAUAGUAUUACAGCCUGCUGUUUUUACUGCAAGGGGUUUCUCAGACAGUAAAUUUUCGUUUGUCCUUAUCCCCGUUUCUUGUUCAGAAAGGAACGAGAAGGGUUUAUCAGUCCCCAAUUCUCCCAAACCCUCUCAUCUCACCGCCAUUCCCAUUUCCUCUCCCCUCCCGUCCCCUCGUAUUCCAUCUAAGCAAAUCAAGACUCGAGCGUUCAAGAUCAUGGAGCCGUGGCGUCGCAGAAGUGAUUUGCCGUCGGCGUCGCUGGGAAAGGGAUAGCUGAGCCUUCCUUCUUUACUCGUCCUUUUCUUUCUUGUGAUUCUUGUUCCAGUUUCUUCAACGAACAGAAGAAAGGUGAGCAAUGGCGGACGUGCGUGGAGACGGUUCAUGUGGAGCUUGUGGACCUUGCGGGAGACUGUUGGAAAGAUUCCGGGCGUGGCAGUAUAGAAUGUAUGGCUUCUGGGCAGUUCUUGCGGCAAUGGCGUGUGUUGGGAUUGUGGCUUUAAGCCUGGCUGGAGAAGGUUACACUAGUGAUUUGACUUUGGAGCAGAAGAAAGCAAAAGCGAGGGCUACUAGUCAAUUGGCUUGGAUCAGUCCUAUUGCUUUAAUCCAUCUUCUGAUCGUUUACUUUGUUGUUGGUUUGAGGGGCCGUUGGUGGCCUGAGCAUCGGUUGAUUUCGAUGAUGCCUGGGGAUUCUGGGAAGUCUACUAUACAGGCUGGAGGCAUAGUGUUUGCUGUCUUGGUGAACACCCUGGUCAUCAGAGCCAGGCUGAAGUCAUGGCUGGUGGUGGUUUACUGUUUCUAUGCAUUCUCAAUCUCCAGGUGGCUGCUCUCCCGGGUGAAGUUCGAGUACACCAUGGUUUGGGUUUGCACCACUGCUACCCUCGUGUGGAGCAAAGACCUUGGUGUUGGUAGUAACAAACUGCAGGCAAUCCUCUUUUCUCUGCUUAUGGGAGUGUUCAUAUACUUGGGGAACUACCUCGACGACUACAAGCCACCUAACAAAGAGAUAAGCGAUAAGAGUAAACAAGGUUGGUUUGGUGGCUUCAGCUACCCCAAAGAAGCACAUGGUUUUGGUGAUACAGUGAUGUGGCAACAUGGUUCUUUUGGCGCGGCUGUGCAGGGAGACGGCUCGUGUGGAGCUUGCGGGAAAUGGUUUGAAAGGUUUCGAGAGUGGCAGUAUAGGAGAUAUGGCAUUUGGGCUACUUUUGCUGGUUUGGCAGGUGUUGGGAUUUUUGCUACAAGCCUGUCUGGAUUAGGUACAACUCGUGGUUUGGAUUGGAUGUGCGCUUUGAUUGGAAUGCAUCUAUUUACAGUAUUUUUUUUGGUUGGCUUGAAUGGUCGUUGGUGGCCUGACAAUGGCUUGGUUUCGAAGAUAAUUGGGAGAGUUGGGAAGUCCAAUAUACAGGCUGGGGGGAUUGUAUUUGCUGUUCUAGUGAGUACUCUCGUCACCAAAGCUAAGAUGGAGUCGUGGCUCGUGGUGGUCUACUGUACCUAUGCAUUAUCUGUGUCCAAGUGGUUACAGUUUCCUGUGAAGUUCGAAUACACCAUGGUUUGGGUCUGCACCACUGCCACCCAAGUAUGGAGCCAAGAUCUUGAAGUUGGUAGUAACACGCUACAGGCGAUCCUUUUUUCUCUACUUAUGGUAGUGUUCAUAUACUUGGGAAACUACCUCGACAUCUAUAGGCCACCCAACAAACAGAUUCAUGACGAGGGGAAAAAAGGGUGGUUUGGUAGCUACUAAGAUCCUAGUAAACUAGCUGGUGGUACAGCCAUGCAGCGAUAUGCUUCUCCUUCUGGAGGUGAUGCAGAUGAUCUUGAAGAAGGAGAGGUGCAGCAGGAUAGGCAGCCUGAUGCUACUGGAUUUGACAUCUAUCGUCCGGGAUCUUGGCCACAGUACUUCGCAGGGUUGCGGUUCCGGACCUUUUCCUGGUACAACUACGGGCAACAACUAUAAGCAUCUGAAGAGUAAACCAUGGCCUUAAAUUUCUAGAGUGGACUGGAUCUGUUGCAGUGCGUGCUCAUUGGUUAGGAUUCUUGGUUAUUUGGUUUCUGGAACCAUACUUGAGCAGUUGAGCCAGUAAUUUUAGCUAUAACAAACUAAUUGCCUACUUGACAGCUCGUAAUGGUCGUUUGGUCGUUUUGCUUUCGUUUCUUCAUCAAGAACUUAUGUACCGUUGUGUAGGUUUCUAGCCUGCAAUGGUAACAGUCUGAGUCAGAGUAAUGUUUUUUUGGUGAGUUUGAUGAUCCGAAUUCCUACCAGCAAUUAUUGAAGAGUUGAGAUUAGGAAUGGAAAAAAUGGGCUUUCGUUGUUGGGGAGGGAAGGAAAUGGUGCAGCCCACUUCCUGACCCAUGUACAAUGCAAUUGAAAUGCCUUUGAUAUUUGAAUGGGCCAGCUUCUGUUUUUUUUUUUUUUUUUUUUUUUUUUUUUAAUUUGGCGACCUCAUUUUAUUAACAACUUCUGUUCUUUUAGCCCAACAGUUGUUGUCAAACUGUAACCCCUCAUCUGUCAUCUGCUACUUAACAAUUCCAGAGUCUUUUAUCAAACUAGCUUCCUGCCCGGCCUUUGGCCGGGAUAACUGUUGUUCGGGGUUAGGGAUGGCAAUGGGUCGGGUUGGGUCGGGUUUUGCCAAACCCAAACCCAUGGGUUUAUCCGUUAAAAAAACUCGGGGUAAAACCCACUGGGUUUGAAAAACUCAAAUCCAACCCAACCCGCUGGGUAUUCGCGGGUUCAUGGGUACCCACGGGUUUUUGUCGUAAAAAAUUUACAAUAACAUG